CUGGCUGUGGGCGUGGCCGAGCCUAUUCACCAAUCAGCGAGUGCAUGCUGUACCACUUCCCUCGUGUAGCAAGAUGGCGUUGAGAGAGCUUUCCUCGUUGGAGAAAUUUCUGGGAAUAAAAAAGCUAAAUAAAUACAGUACCCAAGGAGAAAGAAAGGUCCCUGUUCUCCAGAACAACAAUGCACAGUCUUUAGUUGGUUUGGCCACCAUCAGCUGUCACCUGGUACAUGAGGCUAAGAGAAGGGAACUGCUGGGAGAUUCAGCUGAGCAGAGAGCUGUUGUCCAACAAUGGCUGGAGUAUCGAUUGACCCGACUUGAUCACUGCUCUAGAGAUGAGAUCAACAUUAUACUGAAAGAACUCAAUCAGUACCUGGUGGACAAGGUGUAUCUGGCUGGAAAUAGCAUCACUCUUGCGGAUAUGCUGAUGUACUAUGGCAUCCACCACAUCAUUAUGGAGCUUGCAGUACAGCAAAAAGAAAAGUACUUGAACGUGACCCGAUGGUUUGAUCACAUCCAGCACUAUCCAGGAGUGCGUCAUCACCUGCCCCCUGUGGUAGUUCUGAGGAACAGAGUGUACCCAAACGGUCAACACUGACUUCCUUUUGUUGUCCACUCUCUAAUGGGUAAAGCAGAGCAGUCCCAUCUUUCCUCUCUGUGAUCCCCCCUGCAGGUUGGGUUUUCUGUACUGAUUGCAUUGGGGCAAUUCAGACCACUGGGACAAGAGAAAAUAUUUGUUGUGGGGUUUUUUUUUUCCUGUUUGUGUUUAUGAACGUGUUGAGCAGUUAAUGUAUGGCAGUUUCCUUUAGGAAAGUACAUUUAUUAGGCAUGUACUACAUGUAUGAAGUAGUAUGAAGUAUGAAGCAAAAGAAAAAUACGUAUGCAGCUAGUUGUGCCAGCCAAACUCAUGCCAGAGGAUGUGCAGUAUUCCUGUCCAUUUUAGGUUUAAUUUCAUUUCGGCUCCCUUUUUAUUCAUUUUCUAUCUGUCUUCUUGAUUUCGUCUGUUCUGUUUUCUCCUGCUUAUCAUUUUCUCUCUGAGCUGCAGUAAUAGCAGUUGUGUGGGCAGUGUACAGUGCUUAGCCAGGCAUGCUGAGUUUGUGCUCUGGGGGUAGAGGGCAGGCUACCAGCUGCAGCAGGCAAACCAGUGCCAAUGCUGCUUCCUCUCCUAAGCAUCUCCACAGCCAGUUGCCGGGAGCAAAUGCACUUUAUUUCAUCAUUUCACCAACAGUCUCCCACCCUGAGCUGGAAAAUCCCAUCAUGGAACAGACAUGGGCUUUCAGCUCGAUCCAAUUGAUUGCCAGUCGAAACACUAACAAUAUCACAGAUUUGAAUACAUAUAUAUAAAAUACUUUAAAUGAGCUGGUUGUUUAAGGAACUGUCACACAUUUCCUCUGUAAAUGGAAAAAAAUAUUAAAGGAUUGCUUGUUUGAGCCACAUUUCUGGUUUUAUUUAUUUUAUUUUAUUUUAUUUUUUUGCCUUUUAUUUAAGUCAGUUUCUGCUCUGUGUAGAGACUGUAGUCUUUGUCCUAGGAAAUCUGUUGAUAUUUUUGUUUUGGGAAAAGUAACCCCAUUGUUUGUUAAUCUCUGUUGUGCAUAUACUGACAAUAUACUGAUUUUAUUGUA